UUUCAGUCAGUUCGAAUUCGCGAAACAAUGCGGUCGCCGUACGAAGAUAGUGCUGCCGUGUCGACGGACCACAAAUACCAAUACAGCAGCGCCAAUCAUAAUAAUAAUAAUUACUAUAAAAACUAUAAUGUGAACGGCAAUGGCAAUGGGAAUGGAAGUUUGAAUGGAAAUGGAAAUGGAAAUGGCAUACCUUAUCACGCGCGCGAGAACUCUCUGCCGUUCAGCUAUGGAAUGGCCAAAACAUCGACCCCUUUGCGCAAAACUCCGACACCGACGCGAGCGGAUAGUUUCCUAGACUUUGAUUUCGGCAGCCAUAAAAAUAGCAGUAAUACCAAUAACAAUAAUACCAAUGAUAUGAUAAAGCCCCAGCCUCGUCUGACGAGCCCUUUGCUGGUUCGCAAAACACUUGGAAACGGAACGAAUGGUACAUCAAACGCGGCCUCGUCGGCGGCGAGCACCAACACCAUUGCCAAUACGUACCACUACAGGUCGGGGAGCACGACGCCAACGCCAUUGAGGGAUGACUUCGAGCAGCUGCUGCGGGAGAGGCGCGAUAAGGUGUUCAGCGAGUAUCGUGAAAGGGACGGCAGGGAGAGAGUGCCGCCCACACCGCCGCAACGCCACUAUUACCCCAGCCCCAACGGGCAGGGAAAUGGCUACAAUGGAAACGGAUAUCGGAGCAGUAAUUCCAACGGGCAGGCCAGCAAGUACAACUACGAUUUCGAGUUCAAUCUCCAUCUGGAUGAUAUGAACACCGAGCGUAGCUCCCUGCCAGCUCCGGCGCCCUACCAUACGCGCACCAUUCAGUUCGAGGAUCAGCGGCGCGAGCACAGACACGAGCUGGGUGGAGGCCCAAGCGAUCAGGAUGUGCCAGAUGGCGUGGUGAACCGCCGCUUGGCAUCCACAGCUGUGGAACGCAAUUAUCACACAAUUAACAGCAUGGAACGACCUCCAUUGGAGGCGACAUACAAACGACAGUUGGAGCCGCAACUGCAACUGGGUGCUGUUUAUGGUCAGAGCAACCUGGAGACACUCACGCGCACUCGUCGCGAGGUGUCCACAGCCACAGGCAGGUCCACAUCGCCAUUGCCAUCGACAUCGACAUCGCCAUCAUCGCCCAUCUAUGCCACCAGCACAAAGAGAGUGAACAACCCAAAUACCAAUGGCUUUGGCUAUGGCCAGACGACGCCUAGUCCCACAAGCAGGCCAGAAACGCCAGCCUUUCCGGUCACUCCUCGAACUCCAUUUGGGGGUACGGUUGGUACGACGUUAACCCAGUUGGGAGCCGAGUCCAUCUACCAGACGGCUCCCAGGCAACACUCGCCACAAGAGCUGCCACUUUCGCCCAUGGAGGUGGCCGCCGACUCUGUUCGAUUUGCCCGCAGCUCCGCCAAGUUUUGGUACAAGGCCAGCCUGUCACGGGAGGAUGCCAUUGCUCUGCUGGCGUCGGCACAGCCCGGCACCUUCUUGGUGCGCGACUCCACCACGUACAAGAACGCCUAUGGCCUCGUGGUAAGAGUGGCGCAGCCGCCGGCAGGUUCCCAGGAGCUGGUGCGUCACUUUCUCAUCGAGCCCACUCGGGAGGGUGUGCGCUUGAAGGGCUGCGAGAAUGAGCCCGUCUUCACCUCACUCUCGGCCCUGGUGUUCGAGCAUUCCAUCAACCGGUUGGCUCUACCCUGCCUGCUGCGCCUGCCGGAAGAAGAUAUAGUGCCGGGAUUGGUGGCGACGCCGGCCCAGCAGCAUCUGCUGACCCAUGGAGCAGCCACCAAUGUCCUGUGGCUGUACUCCUGCGACACAGAGUCGCUGACCGGCAACGAGGCCAUCCGCAAGGCCAUACGGCUGAUGUACGCCCAGCAGAAGCUGCCCGAGCCCACUGAAGUCCAUUUCAAAGUCACGUCGCAGGGCAUCACCCUGACAGACAACACCCGCAAGAAGUUCUUCCGCAAGCACUACACGGCGGACGUAAUCUCCCACUGCGCCAUCGACCCCGAGAGCCGGAUGUGGACCGGCGAGGGGCAGACGGAGAAGAAGACCAUCUUCGCCUUCGUCGCGCGUCGCUCGCACAGCUCCAAGGAUAACCAGUGCCAUGUGUUCUGUGAUCUGUCAGUUAGCCAGCCGGCGGCGGCGAUUGUGUCCUUCGCCAAUCGCACGCUUCCCACCGAAAAGCUGCGCAACUAUGUCCUAUAGAGUGGGGCGUGGCAGUCAGCAGGAACACUCUACAGAGGAACCCAACACACGCAUAGCCACACAGGCAAAGCGAAUGGAAUUUGUGCCUGCAAAUGCAGUGUAAUGGCCAGUGUGCUGUAAGAUGUAAGAUCUACUAACUAAAUCUGUUUACGAAAUGUGUCGCCUUGCGAUAUGGAGGUUUAACUGCGAAUAUGUUAACAGAAAUGAUGUCAGCUAUAGUUUAUUUAGAGACGCACACACACCGCACCACACACCGGCAAUCGACCAUAUUUAUGGCAAAGCUAAAACAUACUCGUAUGUACACACGAAUCUACGGAAUGUACACAUGUGUAUUAUCAUCAUGAAUUGACUAAAUGCACAGUGGAACAAGAGCAAACGGAUCACAGAUUAUUUUCGGAAAUAGUCCCCCUUCAUAUCGGUUUAUAUAUCCACAGUAUAGACCUAUUCAUGAAACCUUUUUCUGAGUUCCAAGAUGAUACAAAAAACAGCUCUCUUCCACUGUGCAGAGAGUGAUAUUAAAUUGCCCAUUUAUUA